AUGUCGCUUGGCAAUUACCAUAAUGGUGCCGAUGUUCCCCUGAUCGACGAGAUGAGCAGGCUCCUGACUGACUAUCGCACCACUCGCUUCCAGGAGAGCAUCUCGCAGAGUCCUUACUUCUUCAACGCCCCCUUCUCUGGCGUGAUCGCUCAGCCUGCUGCAUGGGCAUUCAUCUACCGAUUCAUGUCAAACAAAAGUUAUGAAUAUCCGGAAGGCAAGCUUAAGGGCGACCUGCUCAAGAAAUUCUACGCCAUUUCUGGUCAGGACGGAGACUUCACGUACACUCCUGGCCACGAACGUAUCCCUGACAAUUGGUACAUUCGCAAUCAGCUCGAUGCCUACUCCAUUCCUUGCCUCACACUCGACACAUUAAGUAUGUCCUUGCAACAUCUUGAAUUCCUGUCCAUCGGUGAUAAAACUGGUACCACGAACAGCUUCGUCGGUCUUGACCCGGAAAAGUUGACAGCAGGUGUCUUCAAUGCGGCUACGCUGGCCGAGGGCAACAAUGCCCUGUGUUAUGGCUUGCAGCUCACGGUCCAGGAACUGCCGGAUCUCCUCUCAGGAUUGUUCACAGAUAUUAGUGGUGCUCAGGACAAGCUCGGCAGCGUGCUGAACAAUGCAACCGAUUCGCUUGGUCGCCCGAAGUUGAGUAGUGUGAACAAGGACCAGUUCGCGCAGUUCCCUGGGUAUACGAAAGCGUACAGUGGCUAUGAUGCGCCUAGCAGCGGUCUCCUAGGACUUUAG